AGUAUUAUUGAACUUGAAUUAGAAUAGAUUGCCGAAAAGGAAGGAAGACAAAAACAGAAAAACCAGAGAAAAUGAAAUAAGCUAUGUUUUAGGAGCUGCAUGUAACAUGUAACAGUGCUCGUAAAUUUGCCACCCUCAGUUUUUGGCAUUACCAAUUCUCUACAUUCUGUUGACUAUUGUCUCGCUUUCUCCGCACAACCAUCUUCAAUCUCAUUCUCAACUUUGAUUGUAAUUCCAAUGAACCUUGUCACCAUUGACAACCACAAAACCGCCACAAUUAAUCAAACAUCAUCAUCAUCAUCAUCAUCAUCAUCAUCGAGCUUCUCUCCUUCAAUACUGUACCCAUUUCAAAUCCUCCGUAAACAUUCACAUUGGUCAUAAAAAGUUUCAAUCUUAUUUCCGAUUGUGAUUGGUAAUCAUCCCAUGUUUCCCAGGCUUUCAAAAUGCUUCAGCUUCACCGCUUCCAGAGACUGGUUGUACCGCCAGUCGUUCUCCGUGGCGGGCCUCCGCGCCGUGGUAUCAGACUUGGGCGACGGAACCGUCAUGCAUUGCUGGGUGCCGAAGAUCCAUGACAGAAGCAAACCCAGCCUGGUCCUGAUCCACGGUUUUGGCGCGAACGCAAUGUGGCAAUACGGCGACCACCUUCGGAACUUCGUGGCACACUUCAACGUUUACGUGCCUGACCUUCUCUUCUUCGGCGAUUCCUUCACGUCACGACCUGAGAGGACGGAGUCCUUUCAGGCCGUGUGCUUGAGGAAGCUGAUGGAGUUUCAUGGUGUCCACAGGAUGAGCUUGGUUGGGAUCAGCUAUGGUGGCUUUGUGGCGUAUAGUUUGGCUGCACAGUUCCCCGAGAAAGUGGAGAAGUUGGCGCUUUGUUGCACGGGUGUUUGCUUGGAGGAGAUUGACAUGAAAAAUGGGUUGUUUAAGGUUUCUGAUUUGGAUGAAGCUGCAAGCAUUUUGAUGCCUCAGACUCCUGAGAAGCUCAGGGAGUUGAUGCGGCUAUCUUUCGUUAGGCCUGCAAGGGGCGUCCCUACUUGGUUCCUUGCAGAUUUCAUUCAGCAGGUGAUGUGUACACGUUGCGUUGAUGAGAAGAGAGAAUUACUUGAAGCAAUACUCAAAGGUCGAAAACUUUCUAAUCUUCCCAAGAUCCAACAGAACACGCUAAUCAUAUGGGGAGAGCAAGAUCAGGUAUUCCCUCUGGAGUUAGGACACAGAUUACAAAGGCAUAUAGGGGAAAGUGCUCAUAUUGUGGUGAUCAAGAAUGCAGGGCAUGCAGUGAACUUAGAGAAGUCUAAAGAGUUUGCCAGGCACUUGAAAUCGUUCCUCGUUGGUCCCAAGACAUGUUCGUCCUCGCCCUCACUUAGUUUUAGUUUUAGAUGGACAAAUUCAGAAGGCCAUUCUUGAUCUCAGUAAGUCAUGCAACUUUCUUCUUUUUUAGCAAGGGAAUCAUGAUCAUCAAGAUUGCUUGGUUAGACUGUAAUAGGAUCCUUACAAUUAUUCUCAUUCUCAUUUUAGAGGAUCUAUAUUCGUAUUAUGUUUGGAUAAAAAUAAAGUCUAAGAAAGAGAGAUGUAAUUAAUACCAAUAUGAUUGCUAGUAAUAGUGUUAGCUAAUGUUCUGUAAUCAUUUUUUGUAAAUUUGUAGUGUUUGCUUUUGGUGAUUAAUUAGUGAAACACAGCAUCAUU